AUGAACAAAGGUCCGAAAGAAUUGGAGGGCCGCAAGUAUCCAGCAAGAGCCCAUGCACUGACGGUCAAAAAUCACUUUAUCCAAAAGAAGGCUGACAUUUCAAGUCGUUCUGCAAUCUUUAUUAGUGGCGAAGAUCUCAAGUUGUAUCCUUACUGUGACCAAACAGCUCCUCUCAGACAGAAUCGUUAUUUCUUUUAUCUGUCAGGUUGUAAUAUCCCUGGAUCCCAUGUCCUUUUUGACUUGGACGCCGAAUUGUUAAUUCUGGUGCUACCAGAAAUUGAUUGGGAUGAUGUCAUGUGGAGUGGGAUGCCUCUUUCGAUUGAAGAUGCCUACAAGACGUUUGAUGUGGACAAGGUGGUAUAUCUUAAAGAUUUGCAAGGCUUUUUGUCGUCGUUUGGAAAAAUAUAUACAACUGACAUCAAUGAUGAAAAUUCUAAGUUUGGCAAUCUACUAACAGAGAAAGAUCCUGACUUGUUCUGGGCUCUGGAUGAAUCCAGAUUGAUCAAAGACGACUAUGAACUCACUCUAAUGAGACAUGCGUCAAAAAUUUCUGACAAUUCCCAUUACGCUGUCAUGUCGGCUCUUCCAAUUGAAACUGACGAAGGCCAUAUUCACGCUGAGUUUGUUUAUCAUUCGUUAAGACAGGGAUCUAAAUUUCAAAGUUAUGACCCGAUUUGUUGCAGUGGACCAAACUGUAGUACCCUUCAUUAUGUUAAGAAUGACGAUUCUAUGGAGAAUAAACACACCGUUCUAAUCGAUGCUGGUGCAGAAUGGAACAACUAUGCUAGUGACGUUACAAGAUGUUUUCCCAUCAAUGGAGAUUGGACGAAAGAGCAUCUUGAGAUCUAUAAUGCUGUUUUGGAUAUGCAGGACCAAGUUAUGAAGAAGAUUAAGCCUGAAGCCCAUUGGGAUGAGCUACACCUUUUGGCACAUCGUGUUCUCAUUAAGCAUUUUUUGAGCCUCGGCAUAUUUCAUAACGGAACAGAGGAUGAGAUAUUUGAGAGUGGAGUCUCAGUAUCAUUCUUUCCUCAUGGGCUGGGUCACCUUUUAGGAAUGGAUACUCAUGAUGUUGGUGGGCACCCCAACUAUGAUGAUCCAAACCCUCUAUUGAGAUACCUAAGAUUGAGAAGAGUGUUGAAAGAAAAUAUGGUAGUUACGAACGAACCUGGAAUCUACUUCUCUCCCUAUCUUGUUGAAUUGGGACUGAAGGAUGAUAAUAAGGCAAAAUAUGUCAACAAGGAUGUACUGGAAAAGUAUUGGUAUGUCGGAGGUGUGAGAAUUGAAGACGAUAUUCUUGUUACGAAAGAUGGGUAUGAAAACUUCACCAAGAUUACUAGCGACCCCGAAGAAAUUUCCAAAAUCGUUAAAAAGGGGUUGGAGAAGGGUAAAGACGGGUUCCAUAAUGUUGUAUGA